GCAGUUCCCCCAAAAUAUGUCCCGGGACAGAUUUGUGGCCAUCUGGAGGUAUUUACACCUUCAGAAUAACCAGGCAGCAGAUGUCAACAAGGAUGACAAGCUAUGGAAAAUGCGCUGGUUUCUGAAUUACCUCCUUGACCGAUUCCAGGCACUGUAUGAGGUAGAUGGCAACGUGUCUGUAGAUGAGAGCAUGAUCAAAUUCAAAGGGCGCCUCUCCUUCAGGCAGUACCUCCCCAUGAAGCCGACAAAGUGGGGUGUCAAGGUAUGGGUAAUGGCAGAGAGCUCCACAGGAUAUGUAACCAACUUCCAGGUGGUCUCGCACACCGUGUGGUGA